AUAGGUGGACCAUGAAAUCGCUACAUAUACGACUCUUCCUCGUUAAAGUUGACACAUGAAGAUACAGUUUUAUUUAAAAUGUUCUUAUAAAGUGUCAAUUUUAAUAACAAUUAAUUCAAGUAGUGUUAAUUUAGCUUAAAUGAUCAAUUAUUAUUUAUAAAUAUGAGAUUUUAUGAAUGAGAAGGUCUACUAAAUCUUAUCGAUUUAAUUAUGAGUCAUCUAAUAAAAAUAUUUUUCAUCUUUCAAUGCACAAUUUAUUUGUCGUUUGCACAAAUUGACACAUUUGAUGAAGAGUUGAUGCUGAAACCUCUGCCAAAUGGCUAUCUUUACACUUUCUUUCAAUUUACAACUUUGUGGAAUGCUGAGAAUAAUGCUGAAACUUUGAAACAUACACAUUUAUUUCCUCGAGGAUUAGCAGAGAUUAUAAGUAGGCAUCAUGUUGAUGAAAUGGAUAUUUCCCUAACAGAGGGUCUUUGGAAUUAUGAAAAAUAUGGAUACCCAUUUUACAAUGCUGGACCUGGUGCUGAAAUUUCUGCUUGGUUUAAUGAAAAUGUCAAAAAUGUUGAUCAAGAGUGGAUAGGUUUAACAAAUGCCCUCUCUGGGUUAUUGUGUGCUUCAUUAAACUUUGUUAGUUCAUCAAAUAGUCUGUCACCAGAAUUUAGUUUUAGGCCUACAGGAGUGGUUACCAAAUCACCAAAGUCUAGUCAUUUAAGAUAUUCAUCUCUACCACGAGAAACAGCAUGUACAGAAAAUCUUACGCCAUUCAAAAAAUUACUACCUUGUGAUUCAAAAAGAGGACUUGCAACAUUGUUAAACUCAGCUUAUAUUCAUAAUACCAAUUAUCACUCAGUAGGUAUUCAUUUCCGUUCAAUAUGCCAAAAUAAAAUGUGCACCAAGUUGACCUUGGAACUUAGACAAACAGUAUCUCUAAUUUAUGAUACAGUGACAUUUGACACAGAGGAUUGGUCAAUUCGCAAGUUAUUUGGGAUUGGAUUAAGAAGUGCAUGUCCACUUGCAACGUUAAGUAAUAUAUAUGUGGACCUCACUAGUAAUGGUACUACUCACUCUUAUAAAAUAUCACCUCCACCAUCUGGAAUAACAACCAGUCUAAGAGGAGGACAAGAAAAUAAAUAUGCAAUUUAUGAUGUAAGAUCAAAUACGAUUGAUGGAGCUUUCAGUAUUGCUACAGUACACAAAGUGCAAAAGUCUUCUGGAAUCAAUUAUCCAUCAAUUCUCUAUGCAAAUAGAUACAUUAUAGGCUAUGGACAGGAGAAGGGAUCUCUGGUAACAAAGCUUUACAACAAUCACUGGCAGAAUAUAGACGUAGUUUUGUUGGAAAAUGUUCCUUGGUAUUUACCAUUGUAUUUACAUUCAAUGAAAAUAACGUGCAAUGGAGUGGACAUAAAACCACUGGCUCAACGAUACAUUCCUGGCAAAGAAAGGCAACAGCCAUAUUAUUUAGAAUUAGUCCUACGCUUACCAGCGCGUUCGGUAACAAAGUUCUCCGUGGAUAUCGAGUAUAUGUUCCUAAAGUGGCAAGAAUAUCCGCCAGACGCGAAUCAUGGAUUUUACAUGGGACCUGCAGUAAUAACUGCACUGUUGCCCAUCGCUAGAAAUUAUACUGCUUUGCCACAGGAAGGCAGUACAAUAACGUCAACAUUUAACGCAACGCGCGAAGGCUAUCUGGUACAGUUGCGCACCGAAACAUUGUUGAUAAGUCUACCAACGCCGGAUUUCAGCAUGCCAUACAACGUAAUUUGCUUAGCAUGUACGGCAGUAGCGUUGGCCUUUGGUCCAUUGCACAACAUUUCUACCAAGCGGCUGGUGCUCAAACGCAUCGAGAAGCAGGGCUAUUUACCCUCGUUAUGGGGCAAAUUACGUAAAGUUGUAGGCUUCAAGGAGAAGACUGCCUAGUGU